AUGGAGGUGAAGAGCUUCGAAGCUUGGGAUUAUGUUGUAUUUGCAGGCCUCUUCGUCAUCUCCUCUGGAAUUGGUGUCUUCUUUGCAAUAAAGGAGAGGAAAAAAGCGACAUCUCGGGAAUUCUUGGUAGGAGGGAGACAAAUGAGCUUUGGCCCUGUAGCCUUGUCUCUGACAGCCAGCUUCAUGUCAGCUGUCACUGUCCUGGGGACUCCUGCUGAAGUCUACCGCUUCGGGGCAUCCUUCCUCCUUUUCAUCAUUUCAUAUGCCUUUGUGGUCCUCUGCACAUCUGAACUCUUUCUUCCCGUGUUCUACAGAUCUGGCAUCACAAGCACCUAUGAGUACUUACAGUUACGGUUCAACAAAAUAGUUCGCUAUGCAGCAACGGUCAUCUACAUUGUGCAGACGAUUCUCUACACAGGAGUCGUGGUCUAUGCCCCUGCUCUGGCUCUCAAUCAAGUGACUGGGUUUGAUCUCUGGGGCUCUGUGUUUGCAACAGGAAUUGUUUGCACAUUCUACUGUAGUUUGGGAGGCUUAAAAGCAGUGGUGUGGACAGAUGCAUUUCAGAUGGUUGUCAUGAUUGUGGGCUUCUUAACAGUUCUCAUUCAAGGAUCAAAUCAUGCUGGUGGGUUCCACAAUGUAUUAGAGCAAGCAAGAAAUGGAUCCCGGAUGAAUGUAGUUGACUUUGAUGUAGAUCCCCUCAGACGGCACACAUUUUGGACAAUUACAGUAGGAGGAACUUUUACCUGGCUUGGAAUCUAUGGAGUGAACCAAUCAACCAUCCAGAGAUGCAUCUCUUGCAAAACAGAAAAGCAUGCUAAGCUUGCCUUGUACUUCAACUUGUUGGGUCUCUGGAUGAUUGCCGUGUGUGCUGUCUUCUCUGGUUUGAUCAUGUACUCGAACUUCAAAGACUGUGACCCUUGGACUUCUGGAGUUAUUUCAGCACCAGACCAGUUGAUGCCAUAUUUUGUCAUGGAAAUUUUUGCCACUAUGCCAGGGCUGCCGGGACUUUUUGUGGCUUGUGCCUUUAGUGGAACUCUGAGCACAGUGGCUGCCAGCAUCAAUGCCUUAGCAACAGUGACCUUUGAGGAUUUUGUCAAGAGCUGUUUUCCACAUCUCUCCGACAAGAAGAGUACCUGGAUCAGUAAAGGCUUAUGUCUCUUGUUUGGUAUUAUGUGUACCUCCAUGGCUGUGGUUGCAUCCUUCAUGGGGAGUGUUGUACAGGCUGCCCUCAGCAUCCUUGGCAUGUGUGGGGGACCGAUGCUAGGUUUAUUCACUCUAGGUAUCCUGUUUCCUUUUGUGAACUGGAAGGGUGCUCUAGGAGGCCUCCUUACUGGAAUCACAUUGUCAUUUUGGGUCGCCAUUGGGGCUUUUAUUUACCCUGCACCAGACUCUAAGACAUUACCUUUACCUCUAUCAACAGAACAGUGUCUACAAUUAAAUAUAACAACAACAGUUGGACCACAGCUCUCCCACAGACCUGCCCUAGCAGACACAUGGUACUCCAUCUCUUACCUUUACUAUAGUGCUGUGGGCUUCCUGGGAUGCGUAGCUGCUGGAAUAAUCAUCAGCUUCCUGACAGGCAAACAAAGAGGCAAAGAUAUAGACCCACUUUUAAUAAGACCAGUUUGCAAUUUAUUUUGCUUUUGGUCUAAGAAAUACAAAACUCUAUGUUGGUGUGGAGUUCAGCAUGAUCAGGAAAGAGAGCAGGAUUACCUUGACAGUGGCAGUGCCUGGAAACAGGGGGUUGAACCUGCCCUACAGAAUGGACUCAAGCAAGGAAGUCUGGCCCAGAUUCCAGGCUACAACUCCAAGGACAAAAGCUACAGCAACAAUGUUCAGGAGAAGACCACUCAUUUCUAG